AUGGUACGUCAUGGCGUAACUCGACGCUUCUCGCUCGGCGCGCCCCGCUCCUUUUCAGUGGCCGAUAACGGUUCAUCUGUGCUGUUUUUGCGAUCGGGCGGCCCGGAAGAUCCCCACAACAGCUUGUGGAUAUUGGAGUUGGGUGGGGAGCCUCGCACCCUUUUUGACGCGAGCGGUCGAAGCGCUGACGAGCUGACAAAGGCAGAGCGAGCUCGGCGUGAGCGGGCCCGGGAACAAGCUGGCGGGGUCGUGUCGUUCGUGGCGCGUCCAGAUCAUCGCGAGGUGGCGUUCGCAUUGGGCGGUGAGCUCUUUUUGGUUUCUGACGAAGGUGGGGAAACGCCACUGAACAGCGACGGCAACGCCUUCGAUCCGCGCUUCGACCCAAGAGCCGAUCGCGUCGCCUACGUAUCCGGAUCCACGUUGCGGAUCACCGACGGUGAGAACGAUCGACUCGUGCCCGGUACCGACGAGGGUGGCGACCUUGUCUCGUGGGGUUCGUCCGAGUUCGUUGCUGCUGAGGAGAUGGGUCGUGCGAGGGGUUACUGGUGGGCCCCUUCGGGUGGGCGAAUGGCGGCGUGUCGGGUAGACACCGAGCCGGUCGACGAGUGGUGGAUCUCCUCACCCGAGCAGCCGUCUUUGCCACCUCGAGCAAUUCGUUACCCGAGCGCCGGCACCGAUAAUGCAGAUGUGCAGUUGUGGGUCAUCGAUGUCGACUCCGGUGAACGUCACCAGCUCGAUUGGUCAGAUGGCGGCUUCGAGUAUUUGGCCGACGUGCAGUGGCUCGAGGUCGGCGACGACGAGCUCGUACGUUGCACAGUGCAAACGAGGGACCAGAAAACGCUCGCAAUCUUCGACUUCGAUCCCGUGAGUGGCGAACGCACAGAACGGCAACGGAUCACGGAUUCGCAUUGGGUCGAGCUUCAGGCCGGAACGCCCCGACAGAGCGAACUUGGUGUUCUCACAAUCGUCGAUGAGGACACGCGUCGGAUCGCGAUCGAUGGGAGCUCGAUCGACCACGAAGGCCUGAAUGUUCGGGCGCUCGUCGGAGUCGAUGAUGGCCUUAUCAUCGCGACGGUUACCACCGAUGGAACCGACGCUGUACUCGCACGCCUUGGCCUCGACGGUGCGGUCGAGAUGCUCACCGAUCCGGGCCAGAACGCCUCAGCUGUCUCCGCCGGAUCCACGAUCGUCGUGACGCUCGCCCGAGCAGAUGCGGACCCCACGGUCGAGGUCCGCUGGUCGGACGGUACGGUCUCAAGCAUCGAGUCGGUAGCGGAUGCUCCCGGCUUUCCGUGCACGCCCGCCUUCCACACCAUCGGCGCGCGGGCGCUGAACGCUGCGCUCUGCCUCCCGGCUGACCAUGACGGCUCCCCUUUGCCUGUCCUGCUCGACCCUUACGGAGGCCCGCACGCCCAGCGUGUUGUCCGCAGUCGGAACGCAUUCGCGACCUCGCAAUGGUUUGCGGAGCAGGGUUUUGCGGUGGUCGUGGUAGAUGGUCGAGGAACACCGGGUCGUGGUCCGGAAUUCGAGCGAGAGAUCUGGGGAGACUUCGCCACCAAAAUACUCGAUGAUCAAAUCGAUGCGCUAUACGCCCUGGCCGAAGACCGCAACGAACUCGACCUCGACCGCGUUGGUAUACGGGGCUGGUCCUUUGGCGGCUACCUCGCCGCCCUGGCGGUUAUGCGCCGGCCGGAUGCUGUUCAUGCUGCGGUGGCUGGUGCGCCGGUCACAGAUUGGUUGCUCUAUGACACGCACUACACAGAGCGCUACAUCGGCCACCCCAACGAGCAUCCGGAUAAUUACGACCGCAGCAGUCUCAUCUCCGAUGCUGAAGACCUGACUCGCCCGCUGAUGCUGAUCCACGGCCUGGCCGAUGACAACGUGGUCGCAGCGCAUACGCUCAGGCUGUCCCAGGCGUUGCUCGAGGCGGGCCGUGCUCACGAAGUGCUGCCCCUCAGCGGUGUCACCCACAUGACCCCACAGGUUCAAGUAGCCGAGAACCUGCUCCACCUCCAACGAGACUUCCUCCAAUCCCACCUCUAG